UCCAUAGAUGUCCUCACAAACCUAGAUCACUAUAGGCUUUCAUAUGCAUCGAAACACUGACAUAGACACAAACACAGAGGUCACAGUUGUGCGUACCUGUAUUACAGUUGCAAAACUUCAACCAUUUAUUGGGAUUUUGUUAAAAUUCUAAGUUGGACACUUUCCAUGGGAUUUAAUAGGUAAUGAACCUGUUACUGGCAUUACACAAAGCAGUGGUUUUGCUGUUUAUCUGUGCAUGUGAUAGUGGAAUGCACUGUGCAUGCAGGGGGUGCGGUUUUAAUAGGCCUGCAGUAAACUGUGUGCAUGGGACAGAGACAGGCAUAGUGCAGUGAGGAUUCAAAUGUGUUUGCAUAGAAUCUGGUGGUUUUGACCAAAACUGCUUUGAAUGCUUGUUAAUUCCCAUGAAAAGUUUCCACUUUCUGCAAGCCUACACCUGACACUCCAUUAAAGAUGUCUGUGAUAGACCUAACUAACACACUGAAGAUGUGUAUUUUGCUCCUUGUGUGUGCUCUUCAGUCAGCCGAGAGUGGUUUCUCAUGUCUCUCCAUGUAGUGGGAGUGACAGUCUGAGGCAAAUGCUGUGUCAUAUUCUCCUCCACAUCAAAUGACAUGGAAAUGGCUGAAGCUCCCUUUAACCCUUGCCUGGAAGCUGAAUGUAGAUGAAUGAUACUCGCAGCGAGAAGUGGACGUGGUUGGGAGAAGUUUGCAGUACAGCUGCAUUAUUCCAACGUAGACUCAGGGACAAGUUUCCUAAAGUGAACUACGAAUGGCGAAUGAAGUGACCCGUUGAGCCAUUCUGCACAAGAAUGUAUGUGACUGGAUACAGGGUAUUGGUGUGAAACAAGUGUGGAUUGUGUGGACCAAUCAAAUCCAAUCUGUUGGCAAAUCAAAGACAUGCUGCUGCUGCUACUGCUGCUGUGUACAGAUUGGUAUUUGGGUUUAGAAGUCUUGUAAUGGACGACUACUGAGCAAACUGUGAUUUGUAUUAUUGUUUCUUAAUGAUGCAAAAACAUCCUUCAGAGUUUGUACUGCUGCUGUCGCUGCUGAAUGAUAGCUCAUGGUUUGUUGCCAAAAUUCUAAGUCUGAGCUAAGGAAACACAUGUUUACUAUCCAUUUCAUUUGUCCAGGAUGACAGCUGAUAAAAAAAUGUCUGACUAAAGGUUGGCAAAUGGAGCCAAAGGAACAAAAUAAGGAUUACAAACUCCAAGGACUCGUUAUCUUUUUAUGCUGCUAGAUUUCCAUGUCUGCAUAGGAAAAGAUCACAUGGAAAAUGGACAUUUAGCAGCGCUGUGUGUAAACAUCUUCACAUAUUUCUCAGCCACCUUCAUUCCACUCACCCUUCAGACAGCAGAAGACAGGACGUUUCUAAACAGAGCAUCUGUCACAAUGCAGAGUGGUCAAAGUCUUGAGCUUUCCUUUGCAAAUUUCUACAAUUUUCCCGUAGUGCUGUGAAUCUGCCUUACUGUGACCUUCAAUGGGUUUAUGUGCCUUCAUCUAGAAACAUCAGAGCUGUGUGUUUGCAGACUUGUGUGUGUGUGUGUGUGUGUGUGUAUCGGGGGGGCGUGCCUGACAUAUCAUGAUGACAGCUCUGCGGACCUGUUCUUGUUGGCAUUUGACUAUGAUGUAAAUAAAUGGAAUUUCUUCACUUAAAGUAUGGACUUGAAAGCUCUGUUUGAGAACUGGGAGUAUAUUUUUACAUUUUUGUCCCUCUAUUUGUCCCUUUAUCACUUUAUCACUGAUGUAAAUUGUAUCUAGUAUACAUCAGUGAUGGGCAAACAUUUUGGGCUCAAGUGGCCACUUUUAAUUGAUUAAACUGACUGAUGGAUUAGGUCAGACUUAGCUAAAUCUAUAUGUCGUGUGUGAAAUCGAAAGAAAAAACAGAUUUGCAUUACAGGUGACAGAACAAAAAUGUUUUAAUAGUUCUGAUGUGCAGCCGUGCUUAUGUUUAGAAUAUGCCGGGGGCCAAUAAAAAACGAGCUGUGAGCCGCAAAUGGCCCCGGGCCUGACUUUAGAGUACAGAUCGACUGAUGUUUUUUCGUAGUUAGUCAAUGAGGUCGAUAUCCAAUAUAUGGAGACGAUAUUCAUAUGCAGUAAAAGUGAAAAUAUUGGCGACAAAAUUUAGAACAAUGCAAACUCCAUCUUUUAACUUACUUUAACUCAAAUUAUGUUGAUUAUUCCAUGCAGCACAAUUCAUCAGAGUACGGUCAUGAGCAGACAGUUAGAGUUGGCCAUUAGGGUUCAUGCAGUCAUGCAAGGUGUGCAGACAUAUUGUGAGAAUAUACUCAAUAAAGCAUAAAUUAAAACAUAUUAAAAACAUUUUGUCUCGCGAGAUCAUUUUCUGCAAAUGAGCAGCUAAUGAGCAGCUAAUAUAAAACACAAACUCAAACGUGAAUGGAUGGUUUUUCUCCGUUUAAAAAAAGAACUAUCUGGAUCCUCGAGAUUAAUCCAUCAUUGCACUUAUUGUUGUUUACAUUGAAAUAUCGCUGCAUUUUAUUUGUUUUAUUCUAUUUAUUUAUGUAUUGAUAUGCACCCGGAUAUGAUGUUUACGUCUGUGCUACAUGCAUUGCGAAUGUUUUUACGUACUGUAGCUCAGUCCUGGUGGAUGUCCCAGGACAAUAGAAACAUCUGCAUGCUAACAAAGUAUUUUAACAAGAGUCACUCAUAAAAUAACCUCACAACAUAUUACAUAUAUGAAGUAUGGUUAUUGACCAUUUAUGUUCAUACAUUUAAAAAAAUAAUAACUACCACAGCACGUGACGUCGCAGAAGCGCUGUUGUAAAAAAGAGGAUGUGACCUAGUCCUUGCGCAUGCGCGGCACCGAUUGCGUUCGGGGUACGUAUGGCAUAGUGACAGGCAGAGACUGGCAACACCUCCAGUGCCAAAUUGGGAGGAUGUGGAAACGUGUCUUGUGUAGGAAGGGUGACUUCCUCAUGCUUUUAUUUAGUGCGGUGUACUUCCUGCCGAGUGUAGUAUGCAGCCGCUUUACCCCAGUGGAAUUGUGCACAGCUGGUUGCAAUUGCAGUUAGUUGGAUUCAUAAGCCCAGCGUCGCUCCAUGAACGGUGCUGGAUCAUUGCCUCGGUUCUCCUCGCCUGUGCUUUCACCUUAACUGUUUCCUUACCUGUUGCUACUUCCCAAGAUUUCCCGUUGUGUUUUUUUUCCACAGAGCUUUUCCCUGUGUCGCUUUUUGUUACCUGUAUCCUGCACUACCUUGAGCACCUGCCUGACCGUGCUACAUAAAGGACUUUUAAUUGUACGCUGCUCCUGUCUCUGCAUACCGGGGGUGCAGCAUUCAUUCCCAUGGAUGGCAUCAAUGCUUUUGCUAAUCUGUAUCAUAGUGCUUGAAUUAUUACAUCCAAUCAAUCAUUUAUCCACAAAAAAAUGAAACAAUGUGUCGGUGAAGCGUUGUGUGAUCGCAGUUUUGGUCUUGACCACACAGUCCGUUAGCUUGAGACGUGACGUUUGUGCUGCAGUAGACUUAGAGUAGAAAGUAGAGAGAAUUAGAGUGCAAUGCCUGUCAAACACAACAGACAAAAGAUCUCUUUUGUUAGGUGAAAUGUGAAUCAACAGACAUUAAAAUGAACCAAAAUAAAUCAUUCCGGUAUAGUUAACAGCAACCCUGUACCUGCUGUGUAGUCAUUUCUCUUCAAGGCAAUCAAGCACACCUCUUUUGACACAUCAUUCAUCAGGAAUGCAACCAUGCUGUACCAUUAUCUCUGUCAACUAUGGGACAAUCUUAUCUCAAAUCUAUUUUUGGUGUGGGAUCAAACAUGGGCCCUUUCCUUUUGACUUACUAACCUGAAUCUUCUAAAUCAAUAUGAUUUCCUAAAAUGUGUCCUUUAUCGCUCUCUCUCUCUAUUUCUCCAUGUACCCACACACACACACACACACACACACACACACACAAUAGUAGUCGUUCAUAACGAGAAUUAUUGCUCUUUUCUUGGCAAACUGGAAUUUAUUGGCGCAUUAAGUUUUGAGCCUGUCUUUUUCUUUUGGCUAGACAGCGACAGCAAGACUACUUGCACUGUCACUAUACGGGUCAUCAUUUUCAUUGUCAUUGUGAUGUCUUGGACAAUGUCACCGUCUCACCUUGGCCCCUUGCAAGCGGACUUUUACAAGCAGCAGUAUAUAUUAUCUCAUAUUGCUGUCAGGGAAAAAACGUACAACUUCAAAAUCGACUUUAUGGUACACUCACGUAUAAUAAGGAAAGAAACAUAUUGUACAUGAUUUAUGGUCUAAUUUAGUGGGUCAAAUGUUAGUAGAACAGCCGGGACGCUUCCUGCGGUGUGUUAUUACUCGCAACCACAGUAACGUUACAGUUUAGUUUCCUUCCCUUUCGUUUAGUCAGUUAUGCACUUUUUAAAAUAACUUGUAGAUCAGAUAAUUUGAGUUUUCUUCAACGACAGCUUCACCUCUGCAGGCCAGCAUGCACUAAAACAAGAAGCAGACGGGCGGCAGCGGAGCGACAACACAGAUCAUGACAGUAAACUACAGUUUGGGAAUGUGAGGGAGACUGUAAAACAAGGCUUUAAUCACAAAAAUGUAUUUUUUUCAUGUCUAAAUUUGUCGAUGUAAUCAUUUGCAUGAGCGUGCUUGAGGCCGUCAUUGGAUAACAAAGAGUUACUGCUGGGAAUAAUCAAUAGUUGAAGGUCAGAGAUGGGGGCAGGACUCAACUGUAAUCACAUUACAUAGAGAUUUCUGUGUUCACUGAACACCUGUUACAAAGUGUAGCUAGUAGUCAGACAAAUCCUGAACCUUAGCUUUUACUGAUUAUAAAUCAUAAAUUUUAUCACUCGUGGUCUUCGGACUGCUCCAUGCUUUUUUGUUGUGAUAAGAUCAGUAGUCAUGAUUUUACAGUAAUUAUAUUUAAUUCUGUCCAUUUUCAAAAGCAAAUUCCACGCCAUACCCGUGUUUUCUGUACUCCAUUAAAAAGGGUAAGUUGCUUAAACUUAAUGGCUGACUGACUUGCAGCUUUAAACUCAGAAAAAGAUAUUCUGGAAAAGUUUAUCAGUGGAAUGGAGAAUUCUGCAGCUCCUGCAAAUAUUGACAAAGAUGAUGAGAUUAUUUUACCCCUCCUCAAAGUCCUGCAUUGGUAAUGUCAGAAAUAUCUGAAACAUAAAGUGAAGCUAAGCCUAACUGGGCACCUUUAGCUGCAUAGGUCAAUGAUUAUCUACCGUGACAUCAAUAAGUGUUAUUAAUGAUUAUAACAGUAUGAUGUUUAAUAAAUGACUUAUAAUGGAUGAAUCUUGCAGAGGACCACCGGCGAAUGGCAAAAAAAAUGCGAGUGCUUGAUACGCCCAUUCAUCUUAAGUAUAAAAUGUAUUGGUACUCACACUAAUGGAUGAUAAUGUAAGAUGAUCGAUGAAGAGAUGGAAUUGGAGUCAACCUGGUCGUCAGGCUAGCGCUAGAGAAGCCGUUUCCAUGUCUGCAUAAGCCACAAUGCUUGCCUGUUGUACUUCCAGUAACAAUUUACAAUCAUGUAUUAACUUGUGUGCACCUCGCUGCAAGCUCUGAGGCCGGAUUGACUAUUGCAGCUAUUGCUUUCAUAGCCAAACAAACGUUUACGUGUCAGCACAGAUAACUUCUCAGAUAACUUUUUCCAUUAGAUUAACAACAAAAUGUUUGGACCUUGGCGUUAUUUCCUCUUUUUACAGCUUUCAGACGUGCAUUGCACGGCGUUAGAUAGCUCAAGCUCACACCUGCUUGCCCGCUCAGCAGAUUCUUCACCUUUGUUGAUGGCUUGACGUAAGAAACACUUAUAUACGCACAUUUACUCGCAAAGUAUAGCAACCAUGUUGCUAAAUUGUCAACACGGAUCUCUUCUAUAUAUGUGGUGUGUUAUGAAAUGCAAUGCGUGUAAAUAGAACCGCUCGCUGAUUAAGGGUGCAGACAUGUCCGAACAUCCACGUGGGUUGAUUUGACAAAUCUUUAAGUAAAGUUGAUCAGAUGUAGAAUUACUACAGCCUCUGCUUGGACAUCCACGAGCAGCAAGCAGCUGUUUAACUCCGAUGGAAAAAAACGCCACACAUCACUCGCUGAUGCCGUGAACACCGCGGUAGGUUGAAUUGCAACGUGUGCCUAAAGCACUUAAUGUGCACUUCCAAUAAUGCCUUGCACGCUGCCACUUCCAUAUUACUGUAUUAUUAUUGGCAGCCAUGUUUCCGUCUUGUUGUUACAGCCUGGCUAUGCAAGUCCGCACCAUUUUUUAGAUAUUUUCUUUUGCGACAAUAUAUGUACCACUCUAGCGCUCACCUUAGCUCUCUCGCAUCGCAGCGGUCAUCACCCGAGCAUGUAAAAAAGAUGAACCAGGUGGUGGAAAGGUGUGCAACAGUUGACAGGUGACAGCUCUCUGAGGUCUGACGUUUUCGUGGAAAACGUGUUAGUGAUGCAAAUGUAUUACUAUUUUGAAUGCAUGUUGUUUUGAGAGUCAAAACACUUUCCUUUUGUGACCCCCACCAGCUACCUGGAACUGCUCUCUUCAACAGCAAAAACUGAGCAGAACUCUGCUCAUUGGACACUGCUGAUGGGCAUGUCAUACAACUUCACUUCAAAAAAAUUCAAAGACUAUCCCAUUAAGGAAACCUAAAGGUUUAAUUUAAAUCAUUUUCAAUUUAAGAUAUUUGUCUCUCGAUAUGCUGUAUAAUCUUUAACAAAUGUAUCAAAACAACCUCCAACUGUAUGUAUGGUAACAUCGCAUUUGUUUCACAAAAUUUCUUCAACAUGAAAACCCUUAACUACAAUACGAUCUACUUGUACUUACUCCUAUUUCUUUCCUUUGCGCUCUGGAAACAUUUUGUGAUUGGGGUCCAUGGAGGAUUAAUAGUUUAAAAAGAGGAUGGAGUAAAAAUAAAUAAAGGUAUCAUAUUUAAUCAAUUGAGGUGAACGGCAAACUGCAAAUGACAGUGAAGCAAACUUCUUUGCUGUGAAGUACAUUUCCUGUAUCUUUGUUCCCAGUGCAUUUCUUUUUCAAGAAAGCUCGAGGGCGAUUGUGGUCAUUGAACGGCUUUGUGUGGGGAAGAAGAUGAAGCUUCUUGCUAUUAGAUGUGACGCCAUCCUUGUAAAAGCUGUCGGUCUAAGAGAUAAUAUAACUUUCUGCAGCUCUUUUGUGUUGUCAGUACUGUUUUAAUGUGUGUUUAAAUGACGUCUGCUUUGGUUCUUGUGGCUAUGGUGCUCAUCAGAGGCAUAGAACAGAUUAUUAUCCACAUUAUGGUAGAUUGCUCACUCGAUAUAUGAUAUGAUACAAACUUUCUGCUAAGUGGUGAAUUAUUUUUAAUUGCUGGAUUACACAUUGAUUACAUCUAAAUUGUUGUAUAUCAACAUUCCAGUCUGACUUUACUAAAUAAAGUUUUACUAAAGAUGUUGGUUGUGAAUGUUCUUUCUCACAUAUUUUUUUUUAUGCAAUCUACUUUUUGCUUUUGCAUACUUAUUACUGACCAAAUACACACCUAUGAUUUUCAGUAAUUUCUCAGAGAACAUACUGACAUUUAUGAAACAGGUAGGUUUCAGCUUCUUAUUUCAGCUUGACUUGACUUCAGCUUGACUUGAAUGUUGUUAGGAGCGACUCCAAUACUCCAUGGAGAUUGCCGUUUAGGUAUCGAAACAUGGUACUUUUUGAUUUUAUGUGAGUCCGUGCUCGGUGCCAAUAAAAGUACUAUUUUCGGUACCCAUCCGGGUCCCAGCUACCCAGCAGAUCAUCAUUUUUCAGUUAAACUAGUCAGACUGUCUCUUGCCCAAUGUCAGCUGGGAUAGUGUCCAGCAUAUGCCCGCAGAAAAUGGAUGGAUGGACGUCAUCAGUUGGCAGCACAGUGGCAUAGUGGUUAGCACAUCUGCCUCAUAGUCAGGAGAUCCAGGUUAGAUCCAGGGACUCCAGCUUCUUCCCACAUCCCCAAAACAGGCAUGUUAGCUUAAUUGUAGACUAGGUGUGAAUGUGAGUGUCAAUGCUUGCUUGUCUAUAUGUGCACUGUCAUUGAUUGGCGACCAGUCCUGGAUGUAACCCGCCUCUUGCUUGAAGUCAGCUCGGAUAAGCUCCAGCUCGCCCACGACCCUCAGUGGGUGGAUGAGAAGGUAACAUUAUAUAGAGUAAAGUAAAUGAAUGGGCCGCACUUAAAGGGUCAUUUUACUCACUACAAAUCAAAUCAUAUCAAAGCUUAUUUGUAUCGCACCGUACAACAUCCCAAUGGUGCCCAAGGUGCUUCACAAGAGUAAAAACAGGUUAAUAGCAUGUGAGAACAGGGUAAGAUUGGAUAAGAUAGAAUAAAAACAACUAAAACAAAAUAAAAAAUAAAAACACAGGCACAGAAUCACAACUAAAAUACAUAUAAUCAUCAUGUUUCAUUCAGCCAUGUAACAUGAAGAAUUGGGUAUUUGUUUGGUGCAGUGUACACCUUGUACUUGUUCGUAUUGCAUUGCAGUAAGGAGAGACACUUCUUAGAAAAUGCUGCAGUGCACUGUCUCCUGAGCCCGUUGGACAAUAUAAUGAAGAUUUCCCACCUGCUUUCUUGCUGUCCAUAGAAUUUGGAAUGCCUGCACCCACUGCUAAGGACAGAAUGGGCUGUACAGUUCUUUGAGGUGAGUUGCAGAUUGUAAAUUAAGUCAGACAAAAGUCGAGUAGUGGUGCCAAUAUGAAGGAUGUUUAUGUCCAGACCAAAGACAGCAGCAAGGACCAGAUAUCUCCAAAUAAACAAACUGCAGCGUUUGUUUUUUGAACAAUCAAGGAAUUAAGUCUGACAAUGACCACUCAAGUUAUCAUGUUAUUACAAAUUGAUGUGUUUCCUUCUGCCCCGACACUAAGAUAAGACGUAAAGGCCUGUGUGCCAUCGUGGAAGAUUUUCUCACCUCAGCAUGACUCACUUGGUACAAUUCCUAAAGACAACUGGUACAUUCUACAGCCACGAUGUUCUGACUCUGAUAAGCGAUCAAGGGAUUGCUUCCUUUCAAUCUGUACAUAAAACACGUGCUGGAGUACUUUUCUCAGCAAUGCAAAGCAACCCCAAGGUCAGAUUUGGAGUCAUUAGCCUGCCUUUCACCGUGUGCAUAAAUCACAGUGUUUGUCAGUAAUAAGGAAGUUUACCUGUUAAAAGUCUUCUAAAGGUAGUUCAGGAGUCAUGUGGCUGUAGAGAAGUGCCUCGGGCAUGUUCUUGUAAUUCAUGGUCUCACAUUAACUUUCAUUUUAUGGCCAUUUCUUCACUUCAAGUCAAUCCACCAAUUUCCCUUCCAAGACUUUCCUGCAGAGCGUACCGUGACAAAUAGCAUUCGCUUCAUCCAUUGUAUAGCUUUACCAAACUCAGUGUUGAAGUGACGUUUACCUCAUGUCAGCCCGUUAUGGUGCAGAUCUAUAUCAUGAAGGCGUCAGUAGGCACUUAUGCUGCUUAGUCAUGCGAGCUUCCUCACUGUGAACUUCCAUGUGGAUAUGUCCCACUGAUUCAUCCAAAGGACACUUUGGUCAAAGGAAACUACCCAUAGCUCCAUAAAGUGCCACCGGUGAACAACAUGUGCUGUUACUCUGCACUUCAGACAAUAAUAUUAGUGAUCAAUUCUCCAGAGCUCAGGCAAUGAGUUUCUUUAUCUCUCAUUUGGCGUUUAUGACUUGGUUAAUCGUUAAGCAAUGCCUUUGUGUGGCCCUCGGAUGGAGCAAGGACAUAUUUGACACCCCUCGUUCGGUUUUCUGAGGGUUGAUCCUGAGAGUUAGCCAAUGGCUGAAGAAGCUCGUGUAUGACCCUGAGAUACAGGGUAUAAAGGUGAGUUAUCGCAGGCGAUUCGAGUCUGUACGCAAGAAAAAGCUCUGCAAAGAACUUCAACUAUUGCGUAUAUAGUGUAUGUCGAUAAGCCAGUUGUUGGAGUGCUCGGUUCUUCAAAAACUUUUUCGGAUGCCUGAAGACAUCAGAUCAACACAGGUGUUUUAUCCUUGACUCUUUAAACUCGAGAAGCUCCUUCAGCAUUCCUGAUGGAGAAGAUGAAGUCCAAUGGAGGGGAGCAUGUUAACCCUGCUUAUGAUUCAACUUUGGAUGAGCCUCCAGUCUAUGAGGACAACGGAGAUCACAGGACCGUGCGGCCCUCGGUGGUCAGCGCUUUCGGUCACGACACUUUGGACCGCGUGCCCAACAUCGACUUCUAUCGUAAUGCGGGCAGUGUGAGUGGUCACCGGGCUGUGCGGCCAUCACUGCAGGAGCUACAUGAUGUCUUUCAAAAGGUGAGUAAUGGAGCCAUCUCUGUGCCAGACACUGUGGAGGAUGAUGGCGAGGGGAGCGACGGCACCCGCUCUGACGAUGUGGAGUCGGCUGUUGCCCUUGACAGCAACAAAGGAGUAGUAAAGUUUGGCUGGAUAAGGGGAGUCCUGGUGAGAUGCAUGCUGAACAUUUGGGGUGUCAUGCUGUUCAUCCGCCUGUCCUGGGUAUUUGGACAGGCCGGCUGGGGUUUGGGAACUGUGGUUAUUGCGCUCAGUUGUGUGGUGACAACCAUUACUGGUCUUUCCAUGUCGGCCAUUUGCACUAAUGGUGUGGUCAGGGGGGGAGGGGCCUACUACCUAAUAUCUCGCAGCUUGGGACCAGAGUUUGGCGGUUCGAUCGGUCUGAUCUUUGCAUUUGCGAAUGCAGUGGCUGUAGCCAUGUAUGUGGUGGGAUUUGCUGAGACAGUGGUAGAUUUGCUCAAGGAUUACGAUGCCCUCAUGGUGGAUCAAUUAAAUGACAUUAGAAUCAUUGGUUGCAUCACAGUAGUGCUGCUUUUGGGCAUAUCCGUUGCUGGAAUGGAAUGGGAGGCUAAGGCACAGAUAGUGCUACUCAUCAUCCUGUUGGCAGCUAUUGUGAAUGUAUUUGUGGGCACCUUCAUUCCUCCAACGGCUGACAAGAAAUCCAAGGGCAUAUUUAAUUAUGACUCAACUAUCUUUUUAGAGAAUUUUCCGCCCGAUUUCAGAAAUGAAGAGACAUUUUUUUCAGUGUUUUCCAUAUUUUUCCCUGCUGCUACUGGGAUCCUGGCAGGAGCCAACAUUUCUGGUGACUUGAAGGAUCCUCAAGGAGCCAUUCCUAAGGGCACUUUAUGGGCUAUUUUGAUCACUGGUGUCACCUACCUGGGUGUGGCUCUGUGUGUCUCUGCAAGCGUGGUACGUGACGCAACUGGAAACCUAACUGACCUGAUCACGUCUGAAGUGCCAUGUGUCGGCUCAGCAGUGGCAGCCUGUGAGCUCGGCUAUAACUUUUCUUCCUGCGCAGAACAAACAUGCAGCUUUGGCUCAAUGAACAACUUUCAGGUGAUGACGAUGGUGUCGGGCUUUGGUCCUCUCAUCAUAGCUGGGACUUUUUCAGCCACACUCUCAUCUGCCCUGGCUUCUCUUGUCAGUGCUCCCAAAGUCUUCCAGGCGCUGUGCAAGGACAACAUCUACAAGGCCCUCCACUUCUUUGCCAAAGGAUAUGGCAAGAACAACGAGCCCAUCCGUGGCUACAUCCUCACCUUCGUCAUCUCUGUGGCCUUCAUUCUCAUUGGUGAUCUCAACCUCAUCGCUCCCAUCAUUUCCAAUUUCUUCCUGGCAUCCUACGCACUCAUCAAUUUCUCCUGCUUCCAUGCGUCCUACGCAAAGUCUCCAGGUUGGCGACCAGCUUACAAAUACUACAACAUGUGGCUGUCCCUGCUGGGGGCUUUGCUGUGCUGUGCUGUCAUGUUUGUCAUCAACUGGUGGGCUGCCCUGAUCACUUACGGCCUGGAAAUCCUUCUCUACAUUUAUGUCACCGUCAAGAAGCCAGACGUGAACUGGGGUUCAUCCACUCAGGCGGUGACGUUCGUCAGUGCGGUCAGCAAUGCUCUGUCUCUAUCUGGAGUAGAAGAUCAUGUCAAGAACUUUAGACCUCAGAUCCUAGCACUGACAGGGGCUGCUCGGACCAGACCAGCUCUGCUAGACCUGGCUAACUCCUUUUCUAAGAACUACGGACUCUGCCUCACCUGUGAAGUGUUUGUGGGGCCAAGAUCAGAGGCCCUGCCAGAGAUGAACGCUGGCAUGGAGAAGAACCAGCACUGGCUGAGGAAGACCAAACGUAAGGCAUUCUACACCGCCGUGGUCUGUGAGAGCUAUAGGAAAGGUGUCGAGACCCUGCUGCAGGCCUCUGGUCUUGGCCGUAUGAAACCCAACACACUGAUGGUAGGCUUCAAGAGAAACUGGAAGACUUCAGGUGCAGAAGCAGUCCAGAGUUAUGUGGGAGUGCUGCAUGAUGCCUUUGACUUUGAAUAUGGAACACUGAUUUUCAGGAUGAGCCAAGGACUUGAUGUUUCGCAUAUUGUCGAGGCAGAAGAGGAAAUGCUAAAAUCAGCAAAGGAGCAGCGGGAACUGGAGAAUGAGUUUAUGCCAAAUGGAGGCAAAGCUAAAGGAUUGUUCAGGAAGUCCAGAAAAUCCUCUCAGCAAGUGCUCACUACCCGAGUGUCUGUGUGCGGCCCAGCACCACCACAGGUCGCCAUGAUGAAUGAAAAACUGCUGGAGGCCAGUGCUCAGUUUAAGACCAAGCAGCCUAAAGGAACCAUUGAUGUGUGGUGGCUCUUUGAUGAUGGAGGUCUCACUCUGCUGCUCCCAUAUAUCCUAACUACCAGGAAGAAGUGGAAAGAUUGUAAAUUGAGGAUCUUCAUUGCAGGGCAGCCGGGCCGCAGUGAUCUGGAUAAAGAAGAGAUGAAGCUGCUGCUGCAGAAGUUCCGAAUUAAAUGCACUGACAUCAUCGUCAUUGAUGACAUCCAUGUUAAACCUCGUAACGACAGCUUGAAGAAGCUAGAGGACAUGAUCGAACCUUUCCGUCUGCAUGAGAGGGCUAAAGAAACUGCUCAGGUUGCAGCAAUAAGGAAAGAACAGCCCUGGAAGAUUACUGAUGAAGAGUUGGACACAUAUGAGGAGAAGACUAACCUCCAGAUACGACUGAAUGAGCUGCUUCAGGAAAACUCCAAAACAGCCAACCUAAUUGUGGUGAGCAUGCCGAUUGCACGGAAAGAAACCAUCUCUGACUUCCUCUACAUGGCCUGGUUGGAUAUUCUGACCAAGGACCUCCCCCCUGUUCUGCUCAUCAGAGGCAACCACAAGAGUGUCCUCACCUUCUACUCCUGAGAACACUGUAGACUCAUCUGUUUGGUAUCUGGUUAGAAAGGAAAUGUGACUGUUCCAGCAGAGCUUUGGGUCUCAUUAUUCCAUCAUACAGACCACAAUCUAGUAUUUUUAAUAUGCCCAAAAUAUAAUACAAGUAGUCAAUGGCUGACACAUACUGUACAAGGUAUGUUGAAAAUCUGCUAUUAUUUCAUCAUUUGUUCUGGUGCUGCUUCCAGAAACUGUGUGGCAGAUUUGGUGGACAAAAUGCUGAUGUUGCAGUCACGAGCAAACUCACACCGUAUGGUUACUAAUCUGCGAGGAGGAAGUCUCAUUAAAGUAAAGACAAAUACAUUUGUCUUUGUGACAUACACUCAAUAACUUAUGGAUUGUUUUAAAUGCAUAAGAUGUGCACAUCUUUCAACAAAAGUCAGAUCACUUUGUUUAAUCUGUACAAAGACGAAUGAUUUCAAUAGUUGCACUCACUGUCUUCUGCUAUGAAAUAAAUGUUUAUAGUUGGAAAUUGAACUCAUUCAUCUAUAUUUUUUUCAAUUUAAAAAAGUAAUUUAAGAGUAUGAUAUUUAGUCACUGGACUGUGGUAAUAAGAACCUUAUUUUUGUUUCAACACUCCUUAAUAUUGACAAACUGUAAAAUACUAUCUUGUUUACCUGUGGCGUAGUUAGUUUAGAUGUAUUUAAAGUUUUGCUCGAAUAAAAAAAAAAAUUGUUUGAUGAAAAUCAUGUAAAUAAAUGAUUACAUUUGUAAUCACACUUUUACUGUAAUGUAUUUCUAUUUAAGUAUAACUGUGAUUUUAAGAACAUGAUUUAAGAAUAAAAAGAAAUAAGCUGUUAGUGCUUUUGUCUGUCAUUCUCUGGAAAUAUAAUUGGUGGAUAAUAUAUGGUGCACAAUACAGUAUAGUGAAGUGUAUUGACAAAUUUUAUUACUGCAGUUAAUCUUGGUAGUAUAGAUUUACUACACAUGAGGGGCAGUAGUACAUGUUUUCCUUGAAAUUUUUUAGCAAUACGUUUUGGCUACAACACAUGCAGUUACAUUAGGCUGGAAACCUGCUUCAUUCAAAUUAUAAUUUCGUAAUUAUGCUUUUAACAAUGAAAUCCUUGGAAUAAUACUCAAUAUUUAUAAUG